AUGGAUUUCAUGAAGAUGCGUGUUUUCAGAGGCCAAUGGCGCAAUUUUUUGCUGAUUCUUUGUCUCUGUGAGCUGCGCUACGUGACUGGACAGGCUCACUAUUCCAUUCCCGAGGAGCAGACAGAAGGCUCUUUUGUUGGAAAUAUUGCAAGAGACUUGGGCUUGGAUGUGACCAGACUCGUGGCAGGUAAAGCUCGUAUUAUUACCAAAGGAGGCCGACAGUAUUUUGAUUUAAAGCGGGACAAAGGCACACUUGUGAUUAAAGAGCGCAUCGACCGAGAGGAGCUUUGUGGAAAGACGACACCCUGCAGUUUAGGUUUUGACAUCAUUUUAGAAAAUCCAAUCCAGCUUUAUCAUGUAACAGUGGAGGUCCUGGACAUUAAUGACAACAGUCCAUCGUUUCCACAGCCGGAAAUAAGUGUGAAAAUAAUUGAAAAUGCUGCCAUGGGCACUCGUUUCUCGCUAGCAAAUGCAGCUGACCCUGAUGUUGCUACUAAUGAUAUUCAGAAAUAUGUUCUGAAACCAUUAGAUAAUUUUAAAUUGGAAAUAAAAAAUCAACCAGAUGGUGAUAGUUUUAUAGAAAUGAUUUUACAGAAGCCUUUAGACCGGGAAAAAGAAGAGCAUCUCACGCUCAUGUUGAUUGCUUCAGAUGGCGGUGAGCCACAUAGAUCAGGGACAAUGAGAAUUCAAAUCACUGUGCUGGAUGCAAACGAUAAUGCACCAGUCUGCACUCAACCUGUUUAUAAGGUAGAUGUAAAAGAAAAUUCACCUUCAGGAACAUUGAUCAUGAUUGUUAGUGCAAAUGAUGCUGAUGCCGGUCCUUAUGGUGAGGUCACUUAUACCACUCGUUUUUCCAAAGACUCAGAACAGUUAUUUGACAUAAAUGUUAAAACAGGAGAAAUUAAACUUACUGGUGUAUUAGAUUUUGAAAAAUCAAAGAAUUUUCAGUUGAAGGUCCAAGCUAGUGACCAUGGAGGUUACACAGAUACAUGUAAAGUUAUAGUGAACGUAAUUGAUGAAAAUGACAAUGUACCGUCAAUGGAAAUUAUGUCAUUAUCUCAGUCCAUCCCUGAGGAUUCUCCUCCAGGUACAACUGUAGCCAUUUUUAAUGUGAAUGAUGAAGAUUCUGAGGGCAACGGUGUUGUCAAGUGCUCUAUUUCGUCUGACGACGUCCCUUUUAAAAUUGAAUCUUCUUUGACGGGCUACUACACCAUAGUGACUGAAAACUUCUUAGACAGAGAAAGUGUCCCUGAAUAUAAUAUCACCAUCACAGUCCAAGACCAAGGCUCUCCACCUCUGUCAAGUAGUAAAAUUAUCAACGUGAAAAUAUCUGAUGUGAAUGACAACCCGCCCAAAUUUUAUCAGUCUGAAUACAGUAAGACUGUCCCAGAGAAUAACUCUCCUGGUUUUUCCAUCUUUUCUGUCAGUGCUAGUGAUGCAGAUUGGGGUCAGAAUGCUCGAGUGUCUUACUUCAUUGAGGAAAUAGAAGUUAAUGGUGUCGCUGUAUCUUCUUUUGUAUCAGUGAAUUCCGAAAAUGGCAUCAUCCACGCAGUCAGAUCAUUUGAUUAUGAGCAAAUCAUGUCAUUUCACUUUAACGUCACUGCCCGUGACUCCGGAUCCCCUCAACUGAGUUCUGUGGCCACAGUCAGGAUACUAAUCCAGGACGCAAAUGACAACGGUCCUCAGGUCUUGUAUCCGGUCCAGACCGGUGGCUCGGUGCUGGCCGAAUUGGUACCUCGUUCGGCAGACGUUGGCUAUCUGGUGACUAAAGUGGUGGCUGUGGAUGUGGACUCUGGACAAAAUGCCUGGCUGACGUAUAAACUGCACAAAGCCACAGACAGGGCGCUUUUUGAAGUGGGCCUCCACAAUGGAGAAAUAAGAACAGUCCGCCAAGUGACAGAUAAAGAUGCUGUCAAACAAAGACUGACAGUUGUAGUGGAAGACAACGGGCAGCCCUCUCGCACGGCUACAGUCAUUGUUAACGUGGCAGUGGCGGACAACUUCCCUGAAGUGCUCUCAGAGUUCACGGAUUUUAGCAUGCAUGAUAAGGAGUACAAUGACAAGCUGACUUUUUACUUAGUCUUGGCUUUAGCUGUGGUCUCCUUCCUCUUCAUCACCUGCUUGCUACUUAUCAUAUCAGUCAAAGUGUACAGGUGGAGACAAUCUCGCAUCCUGUACCACUCCAACCUUCCCGUCAUUCCGUAUUAUCCGCCAAGGUAUUCGGAUACUUUGGGAACGGGGACUCUUCCGCACGUGUACAAUUACGAGGUUUGUAGGACCACUGACUCCAGAAAAAGUGACAUGAAGACUAUGAAAGCCAUGAGUCAAAGUUUAGUGAGCGUGGAUGGAGCUGAUACUGAUACGUCGUAUGAGAAGAGGCAGAUAUCAGAAAACUGCUCACAGAUGUCAACAAUGCAAUUUUCUGCACCUGUGUGGAACGCAGGGUUCUGA